AUGGCACUUCUUUCGCUCUGGCUGAUCAUACUCUGCCUGGUCUCAGCAGUAUUCCCAUGGAGCGCUCCAAGCGACGUCAAAGUCGAGGACGUAGCUUUUAAGGACUAUCACGACCUGUGGCAUGGCUACAGAAAAUCACCGAUCUUGGCUCCUCAUCUUGAGAUCAGAAACAUGGCGCAGCAUGGGAAUGAGCAUACGAAGCGGUGGUAUGGGAUGGAGCAGCUCGGAUCAGGCGCUACGCAGGCUUCGGGGAAUGUGCAGCCUUGGCCGGUCACAUGCACCACUCCAGAGAUCAUCCAGACCUUGAAAUAUUGCUACGUCGACGAGCGCUCACACAAGAACCUUGAGAAGAUCAUAGCUCAGAGCACCGCAAAAUGA